GCCUAAUGCGACGUUGAACAGAAAGGAGCAGACCCCACAUACACAGACCCGGAAGCACAGGCUAACUGUAAACACAGCUGUGAGGCUGUUUUGCCUUCUGAAAGAUGGUGUACGUGUCCAACGGCCAGGUCCUGGACAGCAGGUCUCAGUCCCCAUGGAGCCUGUCGUUCCUGACUGACAUGUUCUGGGGGGCUGUGGAGUUCAUCAGCCUCUUUUUUAGGACAAUACUUCACCCUGACUUGUCAAGGAAUGGAAACGUGGCUUCAUCACGCUUCAGCGAUGGCAGAGGACCUCCAGGUCCUCCUGGUGGCAGAAGGCGGAUGGGUCGAAUAACUCACGGAGCGGGUCCCAACCCUCCACCAAUGGGUGGAGGAGGAUGAGGAAGGUGA